AUGGCUUUCCUCUCUACAAAACCAGCCACAUUUUUCUUCUUCUUCUUCUUCAUUCUAAGCAUCUUCUCCUUUGCCAAAUCCGGCGACCCAGAUCCGGUCGUCGACUACUUGACAUCCCCCCUUGGGGCCAUCAUCAACAGCACUUUCUUCACCUUUACAGGCCUUCGCUCAGCUUUCACCGAUUUCCCUCCAAAUUUCAAACCCACAAAAGCCACCUUCAACGAGUUCCCAGCGCUUCUCAGCCAGAGCGUCUCCAUGGCCAUCCUCCAGUACCCGGCUGGCUCCAUCAACCCACCUCACACUCAUCCUCGCUCUGCUGAGCUCCUCCUUGUCGUCAGCGGCAGCCUCCAGGUUGGCUUCGUCGAUACCAGCAACCAGUUCUUCAACCAGACCCUUCAAGUUGGGGACUUGUUUUUGUUCCCCAAAGGAUUGGUCCAUUUCCAGUUCAAUGCUGACCCUCAAAACUCUGCCACGGCCAUCGCCACCUUUGCCAGUGCUAACGCUGGCACCGUGUCGUUGCCGUCGACGGUGUUUACGAGUGGGAUUAGUGAUGAGGUUCUUGCUGAGGCGUUCAAAACUGAUGUGGCUAUUAUUCAAAGUAUAAAGACUGGCCUUACACCACCAAAGAGUUAG